AUGAGCCAAGAGACAGCGAUAGCUAGUUUCAAGAAAUUUCAAGAGUCGUGGAUCGAGCAGCUACAACACCACCUUAACCACCUCCGGUCCGUCCAAGACCACCACCGGAACUCCGUUACCGGCGACGAGGAACGGCUUAUGGAGACCGUAGAGAGUGUAAUGGAACACUGUAGGGAGUACCACAGGACGAAGUGGUCCACGACGGAGAAAGACGUGAUUGGAGUUAUGUCUGCUCCUUGGUCUUCGGCUCUUGAACGGUCUCUCUUUUGGGUCGGUGGUUGGCGACCAACCACCUUGUUUCAUUUGGUUUACACUGAGUCGAGCAUUUUGUUCGAGUCUCGUAUCGUUGAUAUCCUCCGUGGUUUUCGUACCGGUGAUCUUAGUGAUCUAUCUCCUUCUCAAUUCAGGACGGUGAGCGAGCUACAAUGUGAGACGGUGAAAGAAGAGAAUGCCAUAACGGAAGAGUUAUCGGAGUGGCAAGACGACGCGAGCGAGAUGGUGAUGGGAACAAUGUCCAAUCUCGACCAGAGGAUCCGACGACUAGCAGAAAUCGUUCAUCGAGCCGAUGAUCUACGGCUGAGAACGAUCACAGGUGUGGUGGAGCUCCUUAGUCCGCUCCAACAAGCGGAGUUUCUUAUCGCCGCGGCUGAGCUUCGUACCGGCGUUUCGGGUUGGGGAACUAGCCACGACCGUCGUCGAAGUUCCGACGUCUAA